AUGGAAGAGCUUGCCGAGUUCAACUCUCCGGCAAAUCUUAGAGGGGAGCGCUUUCGUGUACUUGUUGCAGACGCCGCGCAAUGCUCCGAGGGCGUAAGCUUCAUGGCAGUGCGAAGGCUUCAUCUCGCCGAUGUGCCAGCAUCGCCCAGUGCAUUUGUACAGGCCGUGGGCAGAGCCAUACGAAUGUACGGCCAUGCAGCUCUGCCACAAGACGAGCAAACAGUAACAAUCCAGCUUUGGGUCGCAGUUUUUCCCCGAUGGAUGCGAUCUUCGUUGGCUGCCUGGUGCUUUCGUGCUCAAAAGCGGCGCGAUCCCAAGGACAUGGUAUUUGGCGCUCGUCAGUUGCUCCGCCGGUUGCUCGCUGCUGGCGUGACGGAUCUGGAUGCACUGAAACUGCGUCUAGAGCGUUGUGGUGGCUUUUCUGGAAGCCCUGCAGACAUCCGGCCUCCCCUUUCGCUUCCGGCGGCUGCAACGUGCCUGGAACAACUCGGGCUUUGGGAGCAAGCGAAGUGUAUGCGACAGCGCAUGUUCAAGAACAAGAGUCAGGCGCGGCGCAAGCCAGCAACACUGCCCAGACGGUUCUCCGGAAGAUGCGCUGCCAGCAUGAGAAAGGUUCCUCGCCUUCUGCCCAUCAAAUCCCAAGUCAAGGCCGAACUCCGAGGCAAGCCUAUCAAAGUGCUGAAAAAGGAGGAGGUGAAGCUGGAAGACGUAGUCGUGAAGAAGGAGCUUGCAGACGAGCACGACCACCAGUGCGCACGGCGUGGCCAACCUCGCCAAAGCUGCCGGCCAGUGGCGACACCCCAGUUCGGGCAUGUGAAGGAAGAGGAGACACGAAGCGACGCUGGCUGUGGGGACGACCAGACGCUGUUGUCCUUGGUCACCUCCGACCGAAACAAGCAAGCAUCGCAGAUCUCUGGUACAGGAUUGCAAGGAGAGCCCAGCCGAUCAGAUUCAGGGCCAUCAAUCAAGUCGGCCUUCGCGGCGGAAAGAGAUCCGCUAUUGCGAAUGAUGCAAUGUCUGUACUGCGCACCAAGCGCAGCAGAGGCAGAGAAGGAGCUCUGUCUAGGCGCGCGUACAGCAGAUGAGGAGGCGCUCCGAAGCCUCUCGCAGAGAACACGAGAGUUUGUGCCAGCCUUGACGGCAUUUCGCAAGAAAGCAGUGGAUCGCCUCAUCCUGGCUACGGAGAGGCGCACGAAGGCUGAGGCACCCAAGGAAGCCAAGGAAGCUGUUGAAGAGAGCGACGGGCAGAGUAGCAGCAUCGAUUUCGGGCUUACUGAUGAUGACGACGUGAGAAGGGGCCGCCCGCAAGCUCAAGGAUACUCCUUUCUCUCGCAUCGCCAUCCACGGACUCAAUACCACGGCAACAAGGACCUGUCCGCAGAAAGACUUCGAGCGGUCCCCCCAGCAGGCAUGCGUGGCCUGCCUGCAUUCCCGCGAGAUGCCCUGGCCACCCAGACGAUUGCUGCUUCGGCUUUCCAGGCAAAGCCGGAACUGGUGAUCCCCAGGCAGGACACGGCCAGACACCGCUCCAUGCAGGAUCCUUCCGUGGAUGCUUCUGGAAAGCGUCAAAAGCUUGACGCUGGAGGUUGA